AUGUGUUUAGCAGCUAUAACCCAAUUUUGCGGCUCAAAUGAUAUUUCAAAGAACCUAAAAAUAUGCAUAGAUUUGAUUAAUGAUGCUUCUCAAAAAGGUGCAAAGAUGAUAUUCUUUCCGGAAGCAUCGGAUUUCAUUGCCACUAACACCGAAGAGUCACUAUCUCUGACAUCAUCUAUAGAAAAUUUGCAAUUUAUUGAAGAAAUUAAAAAUUCUGCUAAAAAGAAUAAUGUUUGGGUUUCUAUUGGAGUUCAUGAAAAUAGUCACCUUCCUUCCCAUAUUUAUAAUUCUCACCUCCUAAUUACUUCAUCUGGUACCCUUUUCCAUCCUAUUUACCACAAACUUCAUUUAUUUGAUAUUUCUAUACAGGAUGGACCCCAGCUUCUAGAAAGUAAUUAUACUCUAAAAGGCGAACAAAUUAUAGAUCCGGUAGAAACGCCUAUUGGUAAAGUGGGAAUGAUGGUUUGUUAUGAUAUAAGAUUUCCAGAAUUGUCUAUUGAAUUGAGGAAAAGAGGUGCAGAAGUGUUGACAUAUCCUUCAGCUUUCACAGUUAAAACUGGAAUGGCUCAUUGGGAAGUUUUAUUACGUGCUAGAGCUAUAGAGACUCAAACUUAUGUUAUUGCAAGUGCACAAAUUGGACGCCAUAAUGAAAAUCGCACAAGUUUUGUAGAUCCUUGGGGAACAAUUCUGGCUAGAUGUCCGGAAACCACAUUACCGACAUUUGCUUUGGCAGAAAUUAAUCUUGACAGAGUAAAAAAUAUUAGAAUUGGCAUGCCUGUUUUGGAACAUAGAAGAACUGACUUGUUUGAGUGA